AUGUCUUCCAACAACAGCGAGGGCCACAACGCCUCUCCCUACGACGACAAGCACGUCAAAGGUGCCGAUGGUACCGUCGUCAACACCGUAUCCCGCGGCGAUGCCUCUGGCUCCAUCGAUGGCGAGGGCUUCCCUGCCGAUGUGGACGAAAAGAAACUCAUGAGAAAGAUCGACAUGCGAUUGAUCCCUUGGCUUUGCGUCCUCUACCUUCUCAGUUUCCUCGACCGUUCCGCUAUCGGCAAUGCUCGUCUUUACGGUCUCGAGGCUGAGCUUGGCCUUACCAGCCAGCAGUACAAUAUCGCUCUUACGGUCUUCUUCUUCCCCUACGCCCUUUUCGAGGUGCCCUCCAACGUCUUGCUCAAGCGCCUUCGUCCCUCGAUCUGGUUCCCUGCUAUCACGAUCCUCGUCGGCAUUUGCAUGCUUUCUCAAGGCCUCGUUCACAACUACGAGGGCCUUGUUGUCGCUCGAUUCUUCCUCGGCAUCACUGAAGCAGGUCUCUUUCCAGGUGCCAACUACUUGUUGAGUGGGUGGUACAAACGCUCAGAAUUCGGCCUCCGAGCUGCCGUCUUCUUCUCUGCUGCAACAGCAUCAGGCGCUUUCGGCGGUCUCCUCUCCUUCGCCAUUAACAAGAUGGACGGCAUUGGAGGCUACAGUGGUUGGAGGUGGAUCUUUAUCAUUAUUGGGCUUGCUACUUUCGUAUCGGGAGUAAUGUCUUUCUGGCUUGUCGCCGACUUCCCAGACACUGCCAGCUUCCUGUCCGACUCAGAGCGUCGAGCUGUCAUCUAUCGACUUCAGCAAGAUCAGCAAUUCUCGGCUGCCGGCGAGAAAUUCAAGUGGGCUAAUGUUUGGAAGGCUUUCGGCGAUUGGAAAACAUGGGUUGGAAUGGGCGCGUACAUCGGCUGCGUGGGACCUUUAUAUGCAUUCUCGCUCUUUACCCCAACGAUCGUUAAGAGCCUCAAUCCUCGUUGGUCGGCCAACACGGCCAACCUGAUCAGUAUCCCCAUCUACAUCACGGCUUGCAUUGUCACGGUCAUCGUGGGCUUCCUGGCCGAUCGCACCUCGCGCAGGACGCUGUACUCGAUCGUGCUCUCGGCGGUUGGCAUUAUCGGUUACAUCAUCCUCAUUGCCAACGAUGCUAGGCGCAAGAGCGGUGUCUCGUACUUUGCCGUCUACCUCGCGGCUUGCGGUAUCUACCCGAUGAUUCCCAACACGAUUGCGAUCGUCGCCGGCAAUAGCGAGGGCGCCUACGUGCGCUCCGUCGUCACCGGUGUAGUCAUCUCGUUCGGUAACAUCAACGGUGCUGUGUCCUCCAACAUCUACCCACGCAACACCUCUCCGCGCUUCAUCCUUGGACACGCUGUCGUACUCGCCUACAUUGCCAUCGGUCUCAUCAGCAACGCCAUCUUCUACUUUGCGCUCCAGCGCGAGAACCGCCAGCGCGACGCAGGCAAGCGCAACGAGACCAUCCUCGCCGACGACCCCUCCAUGCAAGCCUCGGGUAAGGACCUCCAGGCCGAGGCUGCUCAGAUCCGCGAACGCGAGAUCCAGCAGGCCGGCGCCCUCGGUGGCCUCAUGCGCCGUCUCCACCUCGGCGGUGGCGGAACGUACGCUACUUGGGAGGAGGCGAAGGUGCUCAAGGGCGACCAGGUCAGCACUUUCCGUUACCGAUGGUAG